GCCCCUUUUGUUCUGCUUGCUUUUUCGCACUAUCGUCGCACAAAGUGCGAUAAAGCCCGUCCGCCUCGCCUCUCCUCUCGGCGCCGCGCUGCGCUGAGCUCCGCUCCGGCCGUGCAGCUGUGGGCUCCUCUCUGCGCUGCAGUCGGCGCAGGCGCGCUCCCCGCUUUCAAAGCUCUUACAUUGAAUGUUUGCAUUGUGUCUGAACUGCCGGCGAGCUUUAGAAAAAAAAAUAUAUAUAUUUAAGGAGCAGCAGCGAUGUCGGGCAGGUCGGUCCGCGCGGAGACCCGGAGUAGAGCGAAAGAUGACAUCAAGCGGGUUAUGGCCGCUAUUGAGAAAGUACGAAAAUGGGAGAAAAAGUGGGUGACAGUCGGUGACACGUCGCUCCGAAUCUACAAGUGGGUCCCCGUGACCGAGCCCAAGACUGAUGAUAAGAGCAAAAACAAGAAGAAGGGUAAAGAUGAGAAGUGUGGGUCAGAGGUCACGACCCCUGAGAAUAGCUCCUCCCCCGGAAUGAUGGAUAUGCAUGAUGACAACAGCAACCAGAGCUCCAUCGCAGACUCGUCCCCCGUGAAGCAGGAGACGAGCAGCAAUGCCAGUCCCACCCCGGAGCUGGCUGCUGUCUCUCAGAGCGACAGCAACGAGGCCAAGAGUGACCAGAGCCAGUCCCCUGACAAGGAGCCCAUGGGCCCCGAUGCAAAGUCUGAGCAGAGACUGCAGCAGUCCAAGCAAGGCAAGAACCAUCCCACCACAGAGUCUAUGCUCAACACAGGCAAGAAAGAUGGCAGGUCCUCUGGGGAGAAGGAGCCAUCCUUGGAGUCUGCCAAAAUCACUCAGGAAUUGGAAGAUGGUGCCCCACCCAGUAAGAAAGGCAAACUGGAGUCUCCAUCUCCAGAUUUCGAGGAGAAUUAAGCAUCUAAUACCUGAUCCACCUCUUCCCCUCACCUAUCUACCGACUCACGCGAUGUCCCUGCCCCCCCCUGCCACCCAGUCCCAAGUCCCCAGACGUGGAAGGUCAGCAUCUCUCUGUGAAAUAUUGUUGUUGAAUACUCGGUCAUGGUGGCCUGGGACAACUUUGCUCACCUUGCGCCCUACCACCUACCGGCCGUGCCCCCCCCCCUUUCUCAGUCCAGCUGAGAACCAUUCAGGGGGCAGUACCUGAGGGACAAGCAGCCCUCAGCUGGCCAGCCAACGACAGUGGAGGUCCGCACCUUCGUUUCACUCUCAAUAGAGAUAGCACCCCCACAGAAGCACUGGUCUAGAGACAGAUAACCCUACUCUUCAACUGUGCCACCUGGUGGCAAAGGCUAAAAUGGACCCAGGGUCUUUCUUCACUUUGUGACACACCACUGCAACUAAUCUAUUAGAUUUCUCAGAAGCUUUCCUAUUGUGUUUCGUUUUUUAUUUCUGCUCUGGGGGGGGGGGGUUGGUAUGGUUUUUUUUUUUUUUUGCUCAGGAGGGUCAACGCACUGUUAAAUGUCAAGAUCACAGCUGGUGCUGCUGCUGUUAUUUUUCAAGUCUAUUUAACAAGGACAACAACAAAAUAUUUAAUUAAUGGUACAGGUUACAUAUUUAGUUUGUUCAGUUUUGUUUAAUCUUACUCUUGUGAACAGUUUGUAGCAUAGGUCCUGCUUGGUUAUGUGCCUUGCGUUACCAAAACGAUAAGCUUGUGUGUUUUUUUUCCCCCUGUAUGUGUGUAUAUAUAUUUUUUUUACUUUCUGCUGUCUUUUAAGUGCCCCGUAUUUGACGUUUUGAUUUGCUUUUCUCUAAAACGCUUCACGCGGAGAAAAAAAGUUAAUUUUCCACGAACAAUAUCCAUGCUCAUACGUUAAGGAUGCCAAGACUAGUUUUGGAAAUGGUUACACUUGCAGCGGUAAAGCAGAACUGAAAUGAAAUGAGCCUCAGUUAGUUGGAUUAUUAUUUUUUGAUUUGCCUAGUUUUAAACGAGCUGCGAAGGAGCAUUAUGAGCAAGUGACUUUAACUCUGCCUCCCAGGCUCUGCUUACGAUGCCAGGAACAGCACAUACAGCAUCCAUGCUACUAAGAAUUAAUUUUCCCCAAAAAUAAUACCCAUAGACUUUUUUUCUCUCUCCUUUGGUCAUAAAAAAUAAAUGGCAAAGUAAAAAACCAAGGAGAGAAUCUUUUUGGGUUAGUUUGAAAGCUAUACACUACUAUUGUUUUGGCAUUGCUGGGUAAUUACUUGAGAUGAGCUGUUUUAUUUUAAAUAGUAUAUGUAUAUUUGGACUCCAGUUAGAUAUGACUUCCCACACGUUUUAGGGAACAUUCCACUGUUGUGGCCCAUCCUCUGGUGUGAUAAGGUAUGCACUUCAGUCUGUGUAUGUGGUAAUCCAGUUAACGUGGUAGGGUGUAGGAUGGCUAUAGUGUAUGGUUUCCAAUGUUCAGCAUCCAUCUGCACCAAUUUAGGCAAUUCUGGGAUAGCUGUGCUGAGUGCCGACAUAUAGACAAAACUUCUUGCUCAGUUCAGAUCAUCCAUGACGGUUUAAGCUGCAGAUGACAGGCACCCAUAGCAGUUCCAGAGGGAGAGGCCAGCUAGGGUACCGUUGCCGGGGCCUUGGACCCCCGCUCCCACCCUCCUCACAUCGUCAAGGUGCUUGUUAAACCUCAAAGGCAGUUGAGUGCUCAGCGGGACGACGUUGCCAAUUUCACCCUGUUUGGAUGGCGCUGCAUGUUUGCACAAGCGUUUUAAGAAAAUAAAGUAAAGGCUGUCUCCUGAUGCAUUCGUGUCACCAUCUCUUGGGAUAUGAAGGCCACACCUUAACUCUCCAACGCCUAACGAUGGUUCCAAAGUUAAUCCUCAGGUUUCUGGAAGUUGUGAUGGCAAGAUGUGGGAUGGCCUUGUCUCAAAAUCUGCCUUUCCUACAAAAUAGUAUCCUGUGUUUUCUUACUCUGUUCAAACCCAGGAGGAUGCUUCAUUAAUGCCGAGGGAUAAGGCUCAUUAUGGGGAUCAUAUUCUGUGUCUAGAACCCCAGACAUGAAAAACAACAUGAGAUUUCCUCUUCAAAGAUGUCUGGGGGAUCCUGGAUUUUUUUAUUUUAUUUUAUUUUUUUUUUUGUUAAUGGUAAAAUAUACAAUAGUACAAAGCGAUGUUACUUUAUUCUGUGGGGUUACAAUGAGUAUUUGGUUAGAGGGCUCUGCGAAUACCUCAUUCUUAGUCCAGCAGUGCUGGCACUUAUACACUAUGUAUUGACUUCAAAAAUCAUGCAAGGCUCUCUGCUUGGGGGAAAAAAAAAAAAAAACGGUUUUAUGAGUUCUGUUUUUUUUUUUUCCAUUUUACCACCGUAUCAAGUUGGGGUUUUGCCCUCAGUUGUUUAACUUCAACAAUCUGAACCUAUAGCUAGUGAGAUGUUAAAAAUAUAUAGUAUAUUUUUGGGACCAUUUUUUUUCCCUUUCAGCCUUCAGUAGUGUCGUCUUGUACAGCAGUAAGAUCUGGUUUUGACUUAUUUAUUCCAUCAGUAGUGAUGUUUUUAUCAUGUACAAUGGAUUUGUUUUAAUAAUAAAAACACAAACUACUUCACUUUUA